AUGAGCGCCUCGGCGGGCGCGCGCAGCGGCGCCACGCGGCCCGCGCGGGGGCGGCGCUCGCGGCCGCAGUCGGCGCCGUCGCGGCCCACGCGGCCGAUGGACUGGGAGGAGUUCUUGCGAGGACUGGUCAGAAGAUCUUUGCAUGCAAGCGUGCGUCGUGCCUGUCUCGAGCAGAAGCAUAUCACGAAGAAUGCGCUGAGUGGAAACCAGGGAAGACGUGGCUUUUGCGAUUUUUUGAGGAGGCAAUAUGGCACUGUGCUGGCUGGAUGGCGGACUAUGGACCUGGACCAGAAAGGCUACCUGUGCUUUCAGGAAUUCUGCCAAAGUUGCAGGGAGAUGCUCUUUGAUGGCGACGUGCGAAGCCUGUGGCGCGAGUUAGCAUGUCAGCGGGACUUCAUCACUUUGAAGGAGGUGUGUCCCGAAGUGGCCCGGCACGUCAGUGCGAUGAAGAAGGCAAGGCUGGAGAGAGUCAAGAAUUAG